CUUCGGAGGGAGACAAAGUCACAAUAGCAACGAAUGAAGCGCGCACGGACCCUGAGUCUUCAUGGAGGACUGUGACUUUCAAAAGGCUCCCACAGCCAUCACGGAAGGUGAAGAUGGUCGCGGAGAAAGCUUCUUUUCUUCAAGCUGCAAAAGCUUUCAUACUCCCCUUAACAUUUCUGCAAAUGUCCUUUUUGUGCAUGAAAGCAAUGAUGAAAAGGUUGUCCAGGUUUAUGCUGCUGCCUGUCUGACUGCCACAACGAAGGAGAGCAAUAAAAAUUUUCAAUCAGUACAGAAAAAUUCAGUCAUCACUAAAGACGUCCUCCGGAACGAGAAAUGGCAGCGCGUCGAUUCUAUGAAAAUAAGUUAACAAAUUUUCAUAAAAACCACAUCAAAUUAUUUGCUGUUUUUAUGAAAACGGCAAAUUUGUUGCAAAAUUCAAAUGUGCUAAAACGCUCACUCUAAACCCAGGCUUUGCAAAAUCAAAAGAAGAUUGUCGGAAAAAGGAGAAAAUUUUGUGUUUUUUGUUUUAUUAUAACCAAACAAGAAAAUCAAUUUGGAAAACGAAGAAAAUUGUAUAAGCAGCAGCUGCAAGCCAGGAAAAAAAACUUGUGAAGUGUUAAAUUUAUUACAAUACCAAUUGAAAAGAAAUUGAAAAAAAGUCCUUAAAUUUAGUUCUAGUGUUGGGAAAAAAUCUCAAAACAAAGUAGUAAAGAAAAAAUCCAUAACAAAAGAAUUUGGUGUAAUACAAAAUAGAAUUUUACAUAAUUUUAUGGGAUAGCUCAAGAACAACAACAACAACAAGAGCAAAUAGAAGCAAAAGCAGUGGAAGAAGCAGAAAUCCAUAAAGGAAAAUAGAAG